UCGUGUGCGAAGACAGAACUAAAGAGGGCGCCCUACUAGUGUUGGUGACCUUUGACAUCCUAUUACAUUUGUUCAGCAUGGCAUCGGGAGAAAACGAACCAUCGACGUGUGUCGAUAUUUUACACCCAGAAAUAUUGAGUAAAGAGGACUUAAUUGACGUGUUAUCACAGAAAAACAUCAAACUUGACCGUCCAAAUGCAACGAAAGAAGACCUUAUUGAAAUCUUCCAUCGGACGGUCACGCCCCUCCCACAACGUCAGCCAAGACCUACCAGGCGAGGGCAGGCUAUAGCAAGAGUACAGAAUCGGCUUCAAGCUGAGCGUUGUAUGCGAGGUGACUUGAAAGAAGAACCCUCCAAGGGUACCGUCAUGUAUGGUUUUCAGAAAAGCAGUCAGAGGAGCUCAUCUUUAGGAACGUCACAUCAAACAGCAUCAAAACACGGACUGAGUCGGUUAAAACCUCCGCCAAUUGUUAUCAAUAAACAAAAACAACGGACGAUGUUACUUAACAAAAGUUCCUCCUCGCCCUCAAAGCAACCUGUGAAUCCUGCAUGCACCGAGGAGGAGGACAAACCAAAACCUGCUGCAAAGUCAAAAAUCAACAUUGAACACAAAAAGAUCUUCCUUAGUCGUUCACCUGUGCCAUCUUCGAACUCAAAGUCCCCACCCACACUGAGUCCCACUUCGGUGAUCAGACGGGACUUCACAACAAAAAUCAAACUCGGUUCAAGUCCUCGUUCAAAGAUUCCAGGAGUUGCAGACAAGAUUGAGAAGAUAUCGUUGAUGUCGCCAGGAACAGUUGGAAGCUCUGUAGCCAAAAAGACUGCUUUGAAAAGGACGGCAACAAAACUGAAUGGACAGGGUAGUGAUUCGGGUUCAUCAGAGGUCAAAGUCUCGCCCCAAUCCUCUGAAGAUGACGGUUCACCAAAGAAGAAAUUCUCCAGGAUUUCCUGGCCAUGAACAAAAGGAAGGUCGAGAGUAAUUGAUGGCUGUGUUUGCCCAUGGUUGAUGAACUGAGUGAGGCGGUAACAAUUCAAUUUUGUGAUUAGAUCCUAAUUUACGCAGUUUUCAAACAAACGAUAAUGUAGCAUUUGCAACAACUUUCGCUGGUUCCAUCAACACAUUCAAAUUGUGAGUUCUUGCUUGAUACAUAGAUCUACAAGUUGCAUGGCCCAAUUUUUCACUGAAGUUAACAAAUUUGUUAUACACUUUUUUUUUUUCUGAAUGAACAAAUUUGGGCAGAUGAUGCUGUUUCAAAAUGAAAAACAUACAAUAAAUUUUGCCUUUAUGGCCACUGACAAUGCACAAAUUAAAUGUAACAAGCAUGGACGUGAGAUAAUUUUGGUUUCUUAGUCUACCACUUAUCAUUGUUUACUUUUUUUGUGCAAUACCUAAAAAUGAAAGACCUGUUAUAACCUUUCUGAUAUCUGUACUUAAAUAGAUGGCUGUUUUAAAUUUUAAUCUGAAGUUUCUGGUCAAAUCGGUAAAAAAUUUCACCUAGCAUCUCUUUUUUAUGACACAACCGAACCAAUUUUUAUUUGUACUGUACAGUAUAAACUGUUUUUCUAAAUCUCCACAAAAUUUGAACAAAAAUGUGUGGGUCAAAUCGGUAAAAGAUCAGACCUACAUACCAUAGUACAUGUAGCAUCUCUAAUGACAUAAAUGCAAAUGUUUUGAUUGGUAUUUCUGUUUUGCCUAAUCUUAUAGCUUUAGGCUGUAUGGUCGAAGAGAUAGAAAUAAUAAUGACUUUUUUGCUAGCGCUCAUUACUAUCACCAUUUAGUUUUCUCCUGCGAGUACAUGUGGUGCUACGUUUAAAGUAUGAUACCUACUCCUUUUACAUACAUUAUGUAACACUUGUGUAAUGGUUUACAAGGUGCUAUGGCGCAAUAGGCAGCCAAUCAAACAAGGAACACACUGGAGGAAACCUCUUCUCUUUUCGAUAUUAGGUGUGUAUUGGGUUCUGUUACGUGCAUUACAUAACACAUCAGGGUUGAAAGGUAGAGAAUUAAUGAAAACCAAAUUAUAUUGCAUGCUUCUGGUGUUUGCAAUAAGAGACUGCUCACUGCUGUUUUAAAUUAUUUCUCAUUAUUUCAAUCUCUGUCUUUUCUAUUGUGUUUUUACAAGAAGAAGCAAAGUCAAGCGAAGCCUGGAAACCUAAAUUGUUAUCAGUCACUAGUUAGCUCAUUUGCAUGCAUCAGGAAUUCUUUUUUUCCCCACUACAUGUACACUUGUCUAUUUCAGAUUGUGCCUGUGUUAAAAGGUGGCUGCAGUGUUUUUUUUUAAAUAAUUUAAACGAUUAAACAUGACUUU